CCUCACUGUCCAAAGGUUUGGAUUUAUUUGGGCACGUGGAGUUACUCUCACCUUUGUAAACGGAGAAUGCAUGUAUGUCGAUUCUAUAUACCUGAGCAGUAGUUUAUGGAACACUAACGCUAAGACUCUGGUAUCGGCUUGGAUAACUGGUGUUGAAUUUCACGUGACUGAUAUUGGUCUGUGUGGUAUCAUUAAAGUAAUCCAACGCAGGAGCGACGACAUUAGAACUCGUCUGAAUAAACGAUUCUUAUCAUGGAAAAUAAGGCUGCUUUCGUUCAUUUCAGUUGAUUUAUCGUCUAUACAAAUAAUAGUAUUAUCGACCAAAUUUCUGGAUGAUGCUUUAUAUUGCAAUUAUGAACCGACUAAGAAUGGCAAUCGUAACCUUCAUAACAUCAAUAAAUCUGUCUGUCAUCAUUGUUUAAUUCAUUUCAGUGAUGUAAAUGAUGUUAACCAACCUAGUGAAUUUAAUCGUCAAACAAGUUUCCGCUUGAAUAAAACUAGUAAACUGGCUUUAACAUUACGAUUGAAAAAGUUAACAAUGUUAUUUCAUAUCAGUAUGAGACAGGCUCAUAUAAAUCUUCAUGUUUCUCACACAUGUGGAAAAAUACUAUUUAUACCUGUGUUCACAGAAAAUUGGUUAAAUGAUGAUUUAUUCAUUAAAAAUUGGAAUGUUAUAUUUGAAAACGCUUACAUAUUGGGUCAUCUUCGUUUACAAUUGUCCACUAAUAUUUUAUUUGAACUUCAAAAUUUCAAAAAUCCAACUUCAUCAUUAACUCGUUGGUUUAUGAGAUCGAUUGACUUGAAAUUGUGUGGACUACGUGUUGCAAUUUUGGAAGAACUUAUUGAUUUAUUGAGUUGGAAACUUUACACAAAUAAAACGUGUGUUUUAACCACACCGUCAUCAUCAGCAUGUUAUCGUUGUCAUCAUUUGUCUAUUAUGCAUGAAGAAGAUAAAAUGAACAUUCUGGAGAAUUCAUCAUUUUAUUUUAAAAAUAAUCAACCCUCCACUUGUUAUUUGAAACAAACACCCGAGAAUAUCAUAUCGAAUAAUUCGUUAAAAUCAAAUUUUCAAUCAUUGAAUUCCAUUAAAUUAUGCAUUUCAUUUUUACCAUUACAACUGUUCAAUUUCAAUUAUGAUUAUUAUACUGAACAGAUACAAUCACAAUUGUCAACAUCAUCAGCAUCGUCCGAUUCAUCUCUAACAGAAAUGGGAUUUUAUUUUGAAAUAAUUAGAUAUUCAUUUGAAAGAAGUUUACAAUUCUAUUUGACUUCAUCUCAUCUAUCUAUGGAAUUCAAUGUACGUAAUUCUAUAAAAUGUAGUCAACAUACUAAAACACGUCAAAUGGCAUCUGAUUAUUAUACGUUAUCACAUUCAUUAUCUUUACCAACAGCACGAAUAAUUCCAUCGGAUCAAUUUUAUGAUAAUAAUAUUGACAGCAAAAAUGUAUUUAAUUAUUUUACUUUGUUAAAUUUUCGAUUUUGUUUCAAUGAUUUACGCUUAUUAAAUGGUUGGAAUUCACAGGCUAAGAAUUAUUUAUUAGAUGCUAGAAUCUGUUUAAUGGAAGUAACCGAACAACUUGAAUCGUCCAUUUGUAAUAUUUAUUUCAAUAUUCUACAUUCAUCUAUAUUUUAUAUACAUGAUAAUUUAAUUGAAAUGAAUUUUUAUGAAAAAUUAUCAUCUGUUACUUAUUUAAUUGGAAAAUGGUGUAAAAUGUUGUAUCAAAAUAGCAAUAAUAAUCGCAGUAUUGAUCAAUCAUUUAUGCCUAUGACCAAUAGUGAAUUGCAUAAUUAUCCAAAAGAAACAGAUCUGAAACAGUGUAAUUUUAUGACACAACAAAGUUUUUCUAGCAGAUUAAUUAAUUCUCUCGGAUUGAAUACACGUCAGUUAAAUGUUCGUAUUCACUUUGGUAAUGAUGGAGAUCGUGAUACUACUACUACCAUACAAGGUAACAAUGAUAUGACUAUCAAUAAUAGUGGUAAAAAAGUUGAAACAUUUAAAAGUAUUGUCAAUGAUGAUUGUUUUGUUGAUAAUGUUAAUACCACUACUACUACUACUACUACUACUACUACUACUACUACUACUACUACUACUACUUCUACUACAAGCUAUCAAUCAUUGAAUUCUACGGAUGAAUUUACUACACAACAACACUAUCGUGAUCGUAAACAGAUUGAAAUUCUGCAACAAAAUCAAAAAAUGCCACAAAUUUUACUUGUAUUCAUUCCUCAUCUUAAUUCACCUGGAUUACAAUUGGGUUUUACAAAUUCUCUUGUGAAUCUUCAAUUUGAUUUUCAUGAAUUGAAUAUGAAAAAAUCAUUUGAUUUGUUGAAUUUCACCGAUUUCAAUUUAACACUAUCAAAUUUUCAUGUAUGUUUAUUGGAUAAAAUUAUUGAAUCUAUUCUCAAUGGAGCAUACAGUUCACAGGUCUCAUUAUCUUAUUCAUAUAAUCUUUGUUCAUUUCGUUCUGAUCAAUUUAAUCUAAUUGAUUCAUUGCUACAUCGUUUACCAAUGUUAAAUCAUCAUCAUUGGAAUGAUUUAUUAUAUGUGAAUGCAAUUGAAAUUUGGAAUCAUAAAUAUCAAAUUGGUUUCAAAUUCACCACAUUACAAAUAGAAUGGCCAUCAUUUAAGAUGAAUGAAUUAGUUAAUUCUAUGCAAUGGUAUUGUUCACAUGAGAAUAAUGCUCAUUCGUCGUGUAACAGUAAACAUCAUGCCAAUUUAUCGUCGACCAAUCGUUCAUCUUUUUUAAGUCAAUGUUAUUCAACAGAGAAUUAUUUGAAUAAUUCUAUUCAGUUUGAUGGAAGUGUAGAAAAUAUCAACAUUUUUUUAAUCAAUGAUAAUAAUUCAUUUCUUAUGUUACGUGUUGAUAGUCAACGUUUCACUUCACAAUUUCAUCCAAUUAAUCCAAUGUCACAAUCAUUGAAAUUCAAUAGUUUAUCACAGAUCACUUCAAUUGGAAUGAAAUUAAUUUACAGUUAUAAAACAUUCGAUAAUAAACUAGAUAAUUUAUCUUGCUCAUCAUCAACGUCAUCACCAUCAUCAUCAACUGUCUCAUCACCAAAUCAUUAUGCAACAGUAUCUAGUUGUCAGAUAAAAAAUGAUCUGGUUUUAUCAUUACCUGAAAUUCAUAUUGAUAUUAAAUUGCCUGAUCGAUCUAUUGAAAUUUCACAAAAUGAUCAAUCCGGUGAAUUUAUUUGGUCAUUAGGAUUUCAUUUAUGCUGUUACAAUUUAUUGGAAUCAUGGAAACAACUUCAUAAAAAAUUAUCAACAUGUUUUACUGUUAUAUCAAUAAAUGAUUCGUCAAAUAGAAUUGAUUCACUGUCAACAUCUACUAUUAACAAUCAUACAUAUACUACUAAUACUUCUACUACUAAUCAUACUACUGAACUAAAUGGCAACAAUGAUUGGCAUUUAAGCAUCAAACCAGUUCAAUCAUACUUUCAAUUCUAUUUUAAAUUGUUAACAAGUAAACAUUUUAUUAUAGUACGUUUACAAAAUACUUCAUUUCAAUAUACUGUCAAGUCAGCAAAUACUACUGACAAUAACAUGAACAAUGGUAUAAGUAGUAGUAGUAAUAAUAAUAAUAAUAAUGGCAACCAAUCUGAAGGAUUUUUUACAUCUACUAAUCAUAAUCUCAAUGAUAGUGAUGAUUAUACUGAUCAAAAUGUAGGAAAAAUUGUUGCUAGUCGUUUAAAGAUAAAUUGUGAACAUGCAGUGAUUUUAUGUGAUGAUCAAACAAUUGCUGUUUUUCAGAAUUUAAAAAUACGUCAAAGACCAACAAAUAUUCAACAUCGUACAGAACAUUUAAAAAUGGGUUUACUCACUCGAGCUAACCGCUCUUGGGAAUUUUAUAUGGAUCUAUUGUAUGUUACAUUUCCUUAUCGAUAUAUAUUUCGUGAUAUUUAUCAUGAGGCAUCAUCUAUUAGGAAAUUCUUACUCAAAUUACAUUCUGGCAAUAUAACAUAUCUUCAAACAAACAAUCAAUCAAGUCAAUCAGCUUCAUCUAAUCAGAAUAUCACAAUGUCACCAAAUCAAUGUUCCAUUGAUUCACCGAAUAAUUCCCCGCCUCUAGUCUCACCAUCAUUAACUGUUCCAAUACAUAAUAGUACUCAAUGCACAACAUCAUAUCUAAAACAAGAUCAAAUUAUUCACAUUAAAAAAUUUAUCAUUGAAAUUAAAGAUGAUCCAUUCGAAUGUAAAUUGAAUGAUAUUCAUACUAUCUUAUUAGAUGAAUUUGCUAAGCAUGAGAAACGUGUCAGCGCACUACGUGAACAAUUCAAUAGAGCCAUUCAUUCAGGCAUACGUGUUACGGAUGAAGAACGUCAAGCGUAUUUCGCUCGUAUAGAAACACAACGUGCUCAAGAAUAUCGUGAUCGUUUACGUCGUUUCUAUCGUGACUAUGCUUUUUCCGAUGAGUUAUUCACAUUCACUACGGAUAAUUUAAAAAUUAAAGCAUUAGCUGAUGAAAGUAUUACACGUGGUGAGCAAAUUAUAACACAAAUGAAAAUUAUGGACAAUGACAGUCCAUGGCCAAAUCUCACUGAACAACAUUUUUCCACUUUAUGGUGUCGUAUUAUUACACUGAAUGUUGAUCGAUGGCGUUGUCAACUGCGUGAUUAUCCUAAACCAUGUUGGGAUAUAACUGAUCUAUUUAUGUGGGGUAAAUUAGUUAUUGCUGAACAGUUGGCAGAUGAUAAAGGUCAGCGUAAAGUUAUUGUGGAACCUGGUUAUCCUUGGCCAACUUAUACAUUGAUACGACCUGUUUCACCAAAUAAAUUCUAUUAUGAUUUAAAUGCUGAUGUAAAAUCUGUUCAUAUAUAUUAUGGUGCUAAUUGGGAACCAACUGUAUCAUGGUUUAAUCAACGUUUAGAUGAUAUUAAACCAUUGACAAAAGAUAAAUCUAAUCCACCGCUAGGUUGGUGGGAUAAAGCACGUUUAUUAUUACAUGGACAUUUAUUAUUUGCUGUUGAUUCAAUGCAUUGGUCAUAUUCUACAAGUUUAAGUCCAUAUAAUACAACGGAAUUUUUCACAUGGCAAUGGAAUCAUGCAAUUGUACAUUGGGAAAAUGUCAAUGAUUUAGGAAUUUCGAUGGAAACCAAUUUUCUCAUUCAAAUAUUUGAAAUCUAUUAA